UAACGAAAGGGAAGUUUAUUCAACGGAAUGCCAGACAGUCCGUGUGGAUAUAUGGUAAUCUCCCAUGCACUCUGCUGCGAAGUCUCUCUUUUAAACAGCCUGCAGCGACACACUCAAGAGACUGUCCAAUCCAACGACCUAUUGCCCGGUCGGGAGAACAAUCUCCUCGUUCGGACAUUUGCAGACUGAAGAUGUGAAGUGAUGGGCUCUGUAUUUAAGUGCACGAAGGGGAAACGGAUUAACUCAUGAUCAAAUGACAUAUACCAAGACGGACAACAUUGUAUUGUAGCAAUCUUUAUUGAUAAUGGGACCUUAAGGAACAGCAUGGACACCUUGGAAACUCAUACUAUUGACAUUUUUAUUUUGACAGGCGUUUAGAACGAUUUUUAUGUUUGUUUGCUUGCUUUCGAUGAGACAGUCCUAAUAGCUUGUUUGCAUCCCGGCUGGUAACCACGCGACAACAAAACGCGGGGUCUCCGUAUGCUCUUGUGGUCAGUCGUUGUAAAGAGACAGACUGUUACUUGUUAAUGAAUUGCCUUGCAGAUGCCACAGGUGCAGUCGAAAUGUUGUAUAGACUGAAAUCACAUUUUUAGGGUACAUAGAAUUCGGAAACAGUAAAUAUGUAUGCGCACAUUUUUUUGUGGAGUGUAUUUUUCUCAUCCAAGCGAAAUGGAGAUAAAAAUGUAUUUCAAGUUGUGAAAGGGAGACAUUGGGCUGCCUAAAGAACUGAAAGAAUCUGUGGUUUGUUAAACAUUCUAAAUCAUAGAGUAGCUACUGGUUAAAAUGGACCUUAAGGUAGAAACCGAAGAGAUGGAGUGCAAUCAGCCUCCCCCUAUUGAGGUUUUUGCGCACAACUCAACCUUGCACGGAAUCUCUCACAUCUUCACUUAUGAACGGGUGUGCAUCAAGCGUUGUUUAUGGGUCGUGUUUUUCCUCGGUUCUUUGACUUUCUUACUGUACGUGUGUGUCGAUCGAAUACACUUCUACCUGGAAUAUCCACACGUCACCAAACUGGACGAGAUCGCGACCCCGCUGAUGGUGUUUCCCGCUGUGACAUUCUGUAACCUGAACUCAUUCCGCUUCAGCAGAGUAACACGCAAUGACCUGUACCACGCAGGGGACCUGCUCGCCCUGCUCAAUCACAGGUAUGAGAUCAGGGACAUGCACCUUGUGGAAGAGAGUGUUCUGGAGUCGCUGAAGGCCAAAGCAGACUUCCACAACUACAAGCCGAGGCCCUUCAACAUGCGAGAGUUCUACGACCGAACAGGACAUGACAUCAAGGACAUGAUGCUAACCUGCCACUUCCGGGGAUCUGAGUGCAGACCUGAGGACUUCAAAGUAGUCUUCACUCGCUAUGGGAAGUGUUACACCUUUAACGCAGGGGGGGAUGGUCGCUCUCCACUCAUCACAACCAAGGGGGGUAUGGGUAAUGGGCUGGAGCUCAUGCUGGACAUUCAGCAGGAUGAAUAUCUUCCGGUGUGGGGAGAGACAGAUGAGACUUCGUUUGAGGCUGGAGUCAAAGUUCAGAUCCACAGUCAGGACGAGCCUUCCUUCAUCGACCAGCUGGGCUUUGGAGUGGCACCUGGGUUCCAGACAUUUGUAUCCUGCCAGGAGCAGCGGUUGAUAUACCUGCCUCCUCCCUGGGGAGACUGUAAGGUGACUCCUCUGGAUUCAGACUUCUUUGACACAUACAGCAUCACAGCAUGCCGCAUCGACUGUGAGACGCGCUACCUGGUGGAGAACUGCAACUGUCGCAUGGUGCACAUGCCUGGAGAUGCCCCGUACUGCACCCCUGAGCUUUAUAAAGAAUGUGCUGAUCCUGCGCUUGACUUCCUAGUAGAGAGAGACAACGACUUCUGCGUGUGUGAGACCCCAUGCAACAUGACCAGAUUCAGCAAGGAGCUGUCCUUUGUCAAAAUCCCCAGCAAGGCCUCUGCCAAGUACCUGGCCAAGAAGUACAACAAGUCAGAGCAAUAUAUAGCUGACAAUAUUCUGGUUCUGGAUAUCUUCUUUGAGGCUCUAAACUAUGAGACGAUUGAGCAAAAGAAGGCCUAUGAAGUAGCUGGACUUUUAGGUGACAUUGGUGGUCAGAUGGGCCUCUUUAUUGGUGCCAGUAUCCUCACUAUUCUGGAGCUGUUUGACUACAUUUAUGAGGUGGUGAAGUACAGGCUCUGCCGGUGCUCUGAUAAGAAGCACAAGCACAACAACAACAACGACCAGGGGACAGUCCUGAGCCUGGACGAUGUAAAGUGUCAUUCUGUCACUGACAACACUCAUCCACCACCCCCAUAUUCUGCCAAUGCGCUACCUCAUCACACAGGGCGGAGCAACCCUGAAGACUUCACCUGCUGAACCAAUCAGAAGGGAUUGAGGAAGGAAAUUGAAUAUUUAAGAAUUGAGAUCAGUAUUUACAAGCUUUAAAAUAUUACAAAAUUAAUUUAACAGACAAUAAUACAACUAUGUAACAUUAAUUUAAUCAUUUAUAUGAACUCUUAUGUGAACUUACAGUAGGCCUAAUGAAAUUAUGACUGUUUAAAAAAGACAUGCGUACGUCCUACUAUUGAAGGAUCGGUCUUCUGUAGCACCAUUUAGCACAGAGUAUGACUAGUCUGCUUGAUAAUGACUCUCCACACCACUACAGUAUGUAAGGAUCCAAAGUAUAAUGCAUUGAGAAUGUAAUUUGACAUACAGUACAUGUGGACUACAUGUAGAUAUUGCCUGAGAACCAGGUCAAGACAGUGUUUAUCCUUGGCUGUGUAGUAGUGGUGGGAUAAAAAACAAUAGUAACAAGUCUGUUUUGUUUAGUUGAAUGUUCCAUGAUAACUUCAGGGCUCCGACCACCAGGUUGCAUGUAGCUAUGCCAUGAUAAUGUUUAAACUAUUUAUGUGCAGUAAAUUGGCAUAUUUGUCAAUUUGUUGUCAUUUGUCAUGUUACAUCUUGUCUGUCUGUCUAUGUAUGGCUUGGUUAUCUGUUGUGGGCAUAUCUGUUUCCUGGUGUGUGGAUGAUACAUGUGUCUGUGUGUAUGUAUCGUGGGGGUCAAAAUUAUGCCAGUUCCCAUUCAUGUGCAUUUGUAUUAAAAUAGUCAAAACCACUCUCCUCAAAUAGGCCCAUAGAAAGCACCAAAUCAUGGACGUGACCAUUGGAGGUGUUUACAUGAUGAAUCAGUCUCAUCUCACUCAUGCCUCAUGCAGUCAUGCUGGAUGUAGGUCUACAUGGCUGUAGUGUGUGGCUGUGUAGUGUAAUUAUCAAGCACAACAGUACCAUCAAGUUGUAAAUCUAAUGUAAAUAAAAUAUUGCAAGGAUAACGUUUCCAUAAUAUCGUGCUGUACCUAUUGUUGUUGAUCUAAGUGUGUAAGCUUUCUAAGUGUAUGUGAUUUUUUUUUUCUAUGAAUACUGUGCCUACUAGUUUACAUGUUUAAGAUGUUUUAUUUAUUGAAAAGUCAACAAUAAAG